AUGCAUUUGUCUUUAGCUAAAGUUGUUGCUAUUAAAGAGCCGCCUCAAUAUGAUCGACGACAAGGAUUUGUGCCCCGAACGCAGGAUGAUUUUGGUGAUGGAGGGGCUUUUCCAGAGAUACAUAUUGCUCAGUUUCCAAUCGGUAUGGGUGCGGAUAAGCCCGGUACGGGGGCUAAGAACACAGUUGCGCUUCAGUUUGACUCUGAGGGCAAACUUCGAUUUGAUGAGCUUACACGUCUUGGACAUGGGAAAGACAAGAUUGUCCAUUCCCGCCUUUCUGAUAUGAAAUCCAAACAUAUUGAUGAUGAAGAUGAAACUUUUAAGAAACCAACAGAUUCAGAGAUACAUGAAACAACUGAAGCAACUCGUGCUUCCUUAGAGAAAAUUACAGCUGUUAAGGUUUGCUUUUAUUCAGGUGAAAUUCUCGGCAAUCCCGGAGAAUAG